CGACAGCCAGCAAGCUCAACCAAAGCCAGAGUCCAGAAUCAGAAGCCUGGAAACAAACAGAAACCGAGCUGACUGUGGAAACACAAAGCUUUCUAAGCAAGCAAACAGAACAGACACUUAAGCCAAGGCUUCAAAAGCAAACCAGAACCACAAAGGCAUCUACCAAACAAAGACGUUCCCAGAGAGCGUGGAAACCCUUCCUGAUGCAGCUGAGGAAAUAACCUGGUGGCUCAGACCCACCUUGUUUCCAUCCAAGCGACUCUUCCCACCAAAGGUGAUCAUUGUUGGACCACCCGUGACUGGUCAAGCAAAACCAUGACUCUCACCUAAAAGGACUUUCAGAGGAUGUUUAUUCCAAAGCUAGCUACGAGUGACUGUAGCCAAGAAACUCAGAAACACCCCAGAUUCUGUGUUCCAUCGUGGAAGCCGCUUCAUGAACUUUUCCUAAAUAACAGAACCAAGAAAGUCAUAAAUCAAGACAUUUUCCAAGUUCAUUGGUGGAGACAUGAGAGAGAUUCACACUGGUGCUAUGAGAUUCAAGCCAAGGAACCCAACAGCCAUUGCUCAGGGCCUGAACAAUGGACUGGAGACUGUAAGAAGAACCAGCAGUCUCCUAUCAAUAUUGUCACUAGUAAGACAAAGUUGAACCCCAGUCUGACACCCUUCACUUUCGUUGGCUAUGACCAAAAGAAGAAGUGGGAAGUUAAGAACAAUCAACACUCAGUGGAAAUGUCGCUGGGGGAGGACAUCUAUAUUUUUGGAGGAGAACUGCCCACCCAGUACAAGGCUGCACAGUUACACCUGCACUGGUCAGAGGAGUCGAACAAGGGUUCAGAGCACAGUAUUGAUGGGAAACAUUUUGCCAUGGAGAUGCAUGUCGUGCAUAAGAAGAUGACAACAAGCGAUAAGGUGCAGGACUCGGACGCCAAGGACAAGAUUGCGGUGCUGGCAUUCAUGGUUGAGGUGGGAAACGAGGUAAACGAGGGCUUCCAGCCCCUGGUGGAGGCACUGUCCAGGAUCUCCAAACCCUUUACAAACUCCACAGUGAGUGAGAGCCGCCUGCAGGAUAUGCUUCCUGAAAAGAAGAAACUGUCUGCCUACUUCCGUUACCAGGGCUCACUGACUACACCAGGCUGUGAUGAGACUGUCAUCUGGACUGUGUUCGAGGAACCUAUUAAGAUCCACAAAGACCAGUUCCUGGAAUUCUCAAAAAAGCUCUACUAUGACCAAGAACAGAAGUUGAACAUGAAGGACAAUGUGAGGCCCCUGCAGCCGCUGGGAAACCGCCAGGUGUUCAGGUCUCAUGCCUCAGGACUGCUGCUGUCUUUGCCCCUGCCCACUCUAUUGGUCCCCACACUCACCUGCCUGGUGGCCAGCUUCCUCCACUGAUGGUCAAAUUCUGGAUAUCUGGCCUCUGACCUCAACCUUUAGAGGAUAUGGCUUCUCUUUCUCAAUCUUUCCAGGUUGAACUUUGGGGACUAUUAAGGUGUGCUGUGGUGGUGCACACCUUUAAUCCCAGCCCUGGAGGGAGAGAGCAGAGACCUGUGGAUCUCUGACCUUCCCCUAACCCCUGAUUAAAUUAAAUAAAAUAUGGAUAUGUUUUUACUCUUUGCAA